AUGGCCUUCCCAGCCCUCUGCUCGCCUCGUUCCGCCCGCCUGCUUCUGUUUGGAAGCACUGCUCUAUCGAAGCUGUCGCCCAAGUUGGUUCAUAACCAGCCGAGGCCGCCAGCAGAGCAGGCCAUGAAGCGUGUCUCUCGCAAGCGUCGACGUGCUCCUCGAGCAAAGAGCAAGGCCCAUCCGGCUGAUCGCCAAGUUUCCAUUGGUGAAAUGAAGACCGAUGGGGAUUCGCGCCCGGCCGUGCCUUUGCCCAUCCCCAUUCUGAAGCCUCCCGGGGCCACUUCUAAAGUUCAUCAGCGUCACGUCUCGUUUGGGGACGUGAUUGUGCAUGAGCUGGAGGAGUUCUCCGAGCCUGUCUUUCCCCCUCCUCGCUUUGCGGUGUUCCCAGCCCAGCGUGUACCUUUCCCUCCUUGUUGCCUUGCUCCUCUCAGUCCGCCUGUUGUCGAGUUCCAGCAUUUGCCGCGUCGCAAGCGCUCUAUUGAGUGCACCAGUCGAUCUCUCUCGUCGGGGAGUAUCAUUGGUAUCGUCGCAUGUAGCAUUGCCUUCUCGGUCUUGCUGACCUGGUUGGAUAUGGGUUGA